AUGACGUGGGGAAUUCUCGAGGACAAUCACAUGGACUUGGUUCCAGGAACAGCUUGCAUGAACGAUCAAUCUGAUGUCCCUCAUGAAUAUGAUCAAGUCCCUCGAGCCGUAUUAAAACAUGGGACUGGACGGCUGGCGCACGUAAUUCUCGUUCCACAGCCCACAGAUUCCCCCAACGACCCUUUGAACUGGUCAACAUGGAAGAAAGAUGGCAUCCUCCUUAUCGUCGGAUUCUCGGCAGCAGUCGUUGGAGCCUUUGGGCCUAUGCUCUCCCCAGGUUUUGUUGAGAUUGCAGCAGAGAUGAAUAUCAGUGUCAAUACCCUUUCCCAGGCAACGGCCUGGCUCAUCAUGACUAUUGGCCUGUCACUAUUUAUCAUGAACCCACUUGCCAAAGUGUGGGGUCGACGGCCAGUUUACAUCAUCGCUAUUGUUAUUAUGUUCGCCUGCAGCAUCUGGGGAGCAUUUGCAAAGAACUAUGAUUCAUUCCUGGCAAGUCGAGUUGUUUCCGGCUUCGGUAUGGCGCCGUAUGAGGUGUUAGUCCAGUGUACGAUCGGGGAUUUGUACUUUGUGCACGAGAGAGCGACGAGGAUUGCCCUGUGGAAUUUAUUCUUACUUUGUGGGAUCACUGGUGGAAGUUUGGUCAGCGGGUAUAUCAUCGAGGAUAUCGGAUGGAAAUGGACGUUCGGUAUCUGCGCGGUCCUAUUCGGCGUAUUUAUAUUCCUCGUCAUCCUCUUCGUCCCGGAGACGGCUUACAUCAGACCCCCUUUGCAAAGCAGAUUUGUCGGGACGCCUGUUCUAGCAUCUGAGGUCGAAAAAGAAAAGAGCGACUUACCCCAGAAAGAGCUUACCACCACGGCAUCUCAUACCCCAACAACAGAACCAAAAGAACCUUACCUCAGGACCCUUCGCUUCAUGACCGGCCGCAAGUACAGCACAGCACCCUUCUGGAAAAUCCUCGUCCGCCCCGCCGUAAUUUUUUGGUAUCCCGCGGUCCUCUGGGCGUUCCUGAUCUACGGCGUUACCCUAACAUGGAUCGUGGUAUUCAGCGUAGUAAACGCCGCCAUCUUCACCGUUGCGCCCUACAAUUUCACCGUCUCGCAAGUCGGCCUCAUUUCCAUCUCCCCCUUCAUAAUGACGAUCAUCGGGGAGGUGAUCGCUGGCCCGCUCAAUGACUACAUAUGUCUGUGGCUUGCGAAGAAGAACCAUGGUAUCUACGAGCCGGAAUUUAGACUUGUACUUAUGGUUCCUGUGUUUAUCUUGGGUGUAGCUGGAUUCUUUGGGUUUGGUGCUACUGUGCAUUUCCAGACGCAUUGGAUUGGGCCGGUUCUUACGUUUGGGUUGGCGAAUAUGAGUAUGGCUUUUGCAAACGGAUGUGUAUUUGGCUAUGUAAUCGAUAGUUACGAAGACUUGACUGAAGAGGGUAUUGUUCCUUUCCCUCUCGCUCCAUUUACGUUGUCCACCUUAGCUAACAAGUACGCAGCAUUUGUCGCCAUCAACGCUCGCAACCUUCUCACCUUCGGCCUCACCUAUUUCGUCAAUGACUGGCUGGCGAAAGACGGCGUCCUCCAGGUGUUCAACGUCCUAGGUGGCACCUUCGUCGCUGUUACCGGGCUGACUCUCCCACUUUGGAUAUUUGGGAAGAAGCUGCGAAGUGCCGUUGCUAGAAACAAGUUCUUAGUGGGGUUCAUGAGGGAUUAG